UGUCGUGGCCUGAGGAGGAGGAAGAGGAGGAGUGCGAGGAGGAGGAGGAGCAAGAGGAGCAGGAUUUCUGCCCUGAGGAAGACAUCAUCCUGGUGAUCCAGCAGCACCUGCAGGGCAGAGCUGAGGCUCUGCACAACCGCUAUUCGCGGAGCCUGGACACCAUCCUCAGGGGCCAGCUAACAGAGACCCCCACCAUGGAGAAGCUGCAGCACCUCCUGGAGCACGUCCAUCGCUCUCUCCUGGCAAACAACCCCCAGGAGAGAGCCAGGGCCGUCCAGACCAGUGCGGCCCUGCUCCAGUUUGCCAUCUCCCUGCCUGGAUUGGACACCUCCUCCGCCUUCUCCAAGGCAGGUGAAUUCGUUCUGCAGCUGGGUCUCUGGAUAUCCCACCCAGCCAGUGAUAUCAGUCAGCAUGCCAGGGCUGGGAUAUACUGGCUUUACUGGCUCCUGCUCCGGAAGAGGGGGCUCAACGCCAGCGAGGCCCCAGACUUGUGGUGCCGGGACGGGCUCCAUGACCCCGAACGCCUGGGGUAUAGAAACCUGGCCAGGGUGGGAGAGGCCUUUGGCGAGCUGUUCACAGAGGAGCAGAAAAGAUCUUUCCUCCAGGAGGGCCUGCUUGCCAUUCACCACCCCCUCCUCCGCGUCAGCCAGGCUGGCCUGGUGCUGACAUAUUCCAUCCUGGGGGAAGCCGGCCAGCUGCUAGAGGACGAGGAGGACAUCGCAGCCUACAUAAAGAUCCAGCUGUUUAACAUCAGGGUCUUGGGCCAGGUGCCCGACGCCCUGCAGGGGCUGUGCUCCAUGGGGCAGCACUGAAGACCCCGCCCCUCGCAUGACCAGCUCGGACCCCCUGCCGCAGCCUCGCUCCAGGCCCUCCACCCACCCGCUCCAGCCCUGCCACCUCCUUCUCCUCCUGAUCUUCCCCAACCCCUUCAAUUUUGACUGCAUGGCUUCGAUCUUUGCAUGGAUAUGGACUUUGCCUCGUAUUUCUGACCACCCGGCUUCGACCUCCGGCCUGGACAUGGACACUGGCUCCCGUUCUGCCUGCAAACACUCAACACCCGGCAGCAGUAGACAGGCCCCACCAUUAAUCAAACCCUAACCCCGCCCCAUGACCCCUUAGUCCCUCCCACCUGUCUC